AUGCACUUACCUUACCGUCGUUCUUUCAUUCUAUCUAUCUAUCUAUCUAUCUAUCUAUCUAUCUAUCUAUCUAUCUAUCUUUCUUUCUUUCUUUCUUUCUUUCUUUUUUAUUCCUUUCUUCAUCUUUAUUUCGUACUCGCUCUUUCUUUCUUUCUUUCUUUCGUACGAUUUUAUUUUUUUUGGGUUUUCUUUCUUUCAUACGAUUUCUUUCUUUUUUUCUUUUGUGCUAUUUUCUCUCUCUCUCUAUCUAUCUAUCUAUCUAUCUAUCUAUCUAUCUAUCUAUCUAUCUAUCUAUCUAUCUCUAUCUCCCUUUCUUUUUUUCGUACGAUUUCUUUCUUUUGUACUAUUUCUUACAUUUGUACUAUUUAUUCAUUUUGUACUAUUUCUUACUUUCGUACGAUUCUUUCUUUCUUUCUUUCUUUUGUAAUAUUUCUUUCUGCCUCUGUCACUCUUUUUCUUUCUUACUUACGAUUUCUUUCCUUCUUUUUACUAUUUCUUACUUUUUCUUUUUUCUUUCUUUCGUACGAUUUUUUUCUUUCUUUUGUAGAAAUUUUUCUCUUUCUCUCUCUCUCUCUAUCUAUCUAUCUAUCUAUGUACCUAUCUUUCUUUCUUUCUUUCGUACGAUUUCUUUCUUUCUUUCUUUCUUUCUUUCUUUCUUUCUUUCCUUCCUACCUUUGUAGUAUUUCUUUCUAUCUCUCUUCCCUCUUUCGUAUGCUUUCUUUCUUUCUUUCUUUUCUACUGUUUCUUCCUUUUGUAUUAUUACUUUAUUUUGUACUAUUUCCGUCUUCCUUCCUUCCUUCCUUCCUUCCUUCCUUCCUUCCUUCCUUCCUUUCUUUCUUUCUUUCCUUCCUUUGUAGUAUUUCUUUCUAUCUCUCUUCCUUCUUCCGUACGAUUUCUAGUAUUUUUUACUCUUUCUCUCUCUCUGUGUCUUUCUUUCCAACGAUUUCUUUCUUUCUUUCUUUCUUUCUUUCUUUUCUUUCGUUCUAUUUUUCUUUCUUUCUUUUCUUUCUUUCUUUUGUAAUAUUACUUUCUUUUUUUCUUUAUUUCGUAAUUUUUUGCUCUCUCUCUCUCUCUAUCUAUCUAUCUAUCUAUCUAUCUAUCUAUCUAUCUAUCUCCCUUUCUUUCUUUCGCACGAUUUCUUUCCUCUUUUGGAGUAUUUCUCUCUCUCUCUCUCUCUCUCUCUAA